AUACAUUUGGUAGCUAGCUAGCUAAAUUUGUCAUAACACCGUAAUUGAAAACGUAAUGAUGUUUGUAUUGGAGCUAAUUUAUCGACCUAGCCCGUGUUUCGUGAGGCUUACCUGCGAUAAGUUGCAAGCAUCGAUGAAAACAAUACUGGAUGAAUGGCAAGAUCAUUUAUUAAUCAAUAUCAGCACUGGACUUGCAAUUGCCGGAAUAAUUAUUCUAGCAAGAAGUAUCAGACUGAUCACAAAGUUUGGUACUGCAUCUGAAAUCCCAGCCAGGUUCAUUGAGAGGAACGUGAAUUUGAGAGGGAGAGUUCAUAGAGUGACGGAGAGCGGGCUGGAAGUGGAACACGUCCCAAUUAACAUCCCCAUACUCUCCGCCCUGCUGAAGAAAAGGCGGUCGGACGCCCUGUUGGAUGUGCGCCUGGCUGGAGUGGAGCUGACAGAGGAGGGACGGGCAUGGCUGGGGCAGCAGCUGAGACCCACAGAAACGGUGUGGCUCCGCCUCAUCAGACGAGAGGCCGAAGCCCUGGACUGCCUGGUGUCUGUGAGCAGGGGCACCAUAUUCAACACAUGCAUGAAUGAAGAGCUCCUGCGGCUUGGCCUGGGGAAGACGGUGCCCCUCCUGGGCCUCCACCACGAGUCCCGCCUCUACUGGGGGCUCCACAGGCGGCUGCUGAAGGCCGAGGUUCGGGCAGAAAAGAAAGGGAAGGGGCUCUGGAAGGAGAGGAGUCUGUGGCAAAGAGUGUCAGAGGCUGCAGACGGCAACGCAGCCGUCAGGCUUUUCAAAAGGCUUUUCGAACGGACUUAGAACCCAAAAUUGUUUACCCGUUUUUCUGGGCAUAAAAAAACUGAAACUUUAUCGUGUUGGCAGUCACAUGCCAAAUCUCUGACAUUAUUUUUAUUUUCUUUUUUUUUCAUUUACACAUGUAAAUGUAUGUGAGUCAUAGACCAAAAUAGUUUGCAGACAUUAAUUUGGUAUCAUAUAAAAUCUGUUUGUUUGUAUCAAAA